AUGUCCAGAACCAGAACUCUGGAGAUUAGCUGUAUUAUGAACAUCCGUGAGGGGUUGUCUACCGAGGGACUUGGUGAGAAGCUCGUGGCGGACUUUUCGACGUAUUGUGAGGAUCCUUUCUGGGAUUCCAUCUUCAUCUACGCCGACCAUAGAGGAGUGUGCAAGUUUGACCAGAGGGACAGUGGCUACGAGCAAGUUAUCGAUAAGCUGAGAUGCUACGUGGAGAUGGCGAAGGAGUGGAACCGGGCCAGGAUCGAGAGACUGAAGCCUCACACGGGCGAGGCGCAGCGAAUGGUGGUAUUGCAAGGACCAGGAGGCAUCGGAAAAAGCAGCAUUGCACUUGCCUAUGCUCAUUCCGCCGUCGCACAGGGCAUCUCCGUUUUCUGGAUCAACGCAUCGAGCAAGGAUGACAUUGUGAGGGGCCUGCGGAACGCUCUGCUUGCCCUCAAGAUCAAAGUCCUAGCUGACCUUGACAUGCAGUCCAACGCCCUUCGGGUCAAGAAGUGGCUGGGGAACAAGGACAACGGCAGCUGGGUCUUGGUUCUUGACAAUGCCGAUGAUCGCUCCAUUCAUUUCCAGGACAUCCUUCCCCAAAGCAAGCACGGGGGUGUGCUUUUCACAUCACGCGACAAGCGCCUCGCUUCGGCUAUUGGCGCUACCGAAGUUCCCGUUAGCGUCAUGACCGCGGCUGAGGCAGUCGAGCUUUACUGGAAGUACAGGUCCAAUGCAGGAGAACCCCCCAUCCAUGAAGCGAACCCCGAAACAGAAUCGACGGAUUCACAGUCUCCUGUCCUAGUCCAGGACAGCCAAGGGGAUGUCGAGCGCCUCGUGCAGAAACUCGGCUUCUUUCCCAUGGCCAUCGAAAACGCCGCCGCGUAUCUGAGAGAAGCGAACCUCAUGCCGGGGCCGAAUCUCACAAUCUCAGAUUACACCCAUGCUUUGGACGAGGCGGUGUCGCUUGACCAAUCUGCCAAGGACCAGAUCGAGACCAUUCUUGGGUUUCAGGAGGCCUUCUCGCCCUAUCCACAAAGUAUGUUGUCAGUCUGGGAGUUAUCGCUACAGAUGUUGAUGCGCGAAAGCGAGAGAGGCCCAAAGCUUCUUGAGCUCCUCGGAUUUCUAGGGCGGAAUGUCUCGGAGGACUGGAUCCGAGCUCCGAUGACAACUGGGUCUGCCGGGCUUGCGUUCGCCGAUGGCCGGAAGCACACCUUAAGCAGAGAACCGACGACGCUACUGCGUUCCAAGAUGUCUUUUCUCCGGAGCCGCGUGACCUAUAUCGCCACCGCCGCCAAGCUCUGUAACUUGUCCCUCGUGCGAAGGGUCUACUUGUCCGGCCAGGGACGUUGGUACCUUGACAUGUACCCCCUUAUCCACCUCUGGGUACGAUGUCGUUUAGCAGACCGUCCUGCUUACCGAGCGUCCCUCUUCCGACGAACUAUACUCCUCAGCGAGUUCUCCAUAGGCAGCCCGUUCGUAUACCAUGCUUUGGAGUCCGCCAAGUCAGAUAAUCAACAGCCCUCAACGGCUUUCCAGUCGCUCGUCAAUACCAGAGAGUACGCGUCAGACCUGCCCGUGGAGUGCAUCACAUUCUACCUAUUCAUGGCUCUCGACAACUAUGGACAGAGUUUAUGCUUCAAUGAAACGACUGCCAACGCCCUUCUUGCUUCCGUAGCACAACAGGAGCGUGAAAUAGCCGGGCUUCUAGCGAGACUCGGGUCCGCCGUCUUCCACUUGUACCGGCAGUUAGAGGGGAAAGAGAAAAAUACCGAGGACACUCACGGUUCCCGAGAUUACAACCUCACCUUCUGGGCUGACGUUGAAGUCACGGCUGACGCGCUGGGUUCCGCCCCAUAUGGCUUCACCGAGCAGCGAAUUCAAACCAUAGUAGAUAUCUUAGCAUAUCUCAUUAGUUGCUGGUGGAAGACAGUGCCCAGCCCGGGGCUCCAAGAGCUAUAUGCUAUCGCGAACGGUGAAAACCGUCUCUCUCCCCAGACCUCAGCCACUCUCGCCUUCAUGAACCGCUUUUGCAAAAUCAACAUGGCUGAGGACAUGCUCCACUCGGCUCGCGGGCCUGCGUUGGCGCACGCCAUCUUCCAAUAUCUGCCUCUAGACCAGUCGGUAUCCCUCCUCGACUCACACUUGAACACGGCAGUGCACACCCUUCCGGCCUUCAAAGCAGUCGAGUACAUGGACGGACUGAUUAAAAAUCUGAACAACCUAGUCGCCAGGAAGCAUCCAGGGCCGUGGGGGGAAAAAGCCUGGGAGACGUUUGUACACUGUAUCCGCCAUGAGCACAUCCACGAUGCCCUGUACUCGACCACCUCCUACGGAUGGCAUCAGGGAGAGUUCCUGCGCGACAACCCCCAGUCUGUCUACGCCGUACACAGCCAGCGCAAACUGCGCGAGACACAUGAGCUGCUCGCAAAGCUGCUCUGGGUCUGCGGUCUCCGGGACAAAGCCGAUUGCGUACUGUCCCAUUAUAUCCUCUUUGUGAGCGACUUCAAGGUGAUGACGCACGCACCAUCGUCUUCGUUAGGGCGGCCCACGACACCGUUGCCCGCCCAUUGGUACUGUGUGGCUGAGGAUUUACAAAGUCUAAUGUACCGCUUCCUCUGGGAGAUUUCAGAAGAUGAGCUGCCGCAGGGGGAUCGCGAUAAUAAUAACGCCGUCGAGUUUGCCGCUUUGCUGGUAUCGGGCUAUCUGACGCUCAUGAGGAUGCAUUUCGAAUGGGUCAAGACCCAUGGAGAACUUCGCUGUUACUACGAGGCUCUGCCCGACUUCGAGUGGGACAACGCCAAAGCGCUUUCUCUGCUCGCCGAGUUUCUCCUUAUGAGAAAAGAUCUGGUGGGCAGGAUAGAGGUGUUUGAGGCUGUUGGUGAUGACGAAACGUGGAACCACCUCAAGCACCAGCUGGCCACCCGAGCGGAAGUCUUCGAGUCACUCGCCGAGUUCUCGUGCGUGAUGCCCUACAAGUUACUCUUGGGUGCCUCUGCGGACACUACCCGCCCACUCAGCGACUGGUUGGAGAUUUUUGACGAGAUCUUCCAAACCGACUAUAUCGGCAACGUUGAAAUGGGGAAUAUAAUUGUGGAAAACACUCAGCGGCCCUCAGAAUCGGAGGAAUCGGCAGAUACUUUGCCAAACCCUAGUGCAGCACCGCUCGAGGUCGACCCGGUUGUAUUUCGCAAAAUGACGGCAUUUUGGUUGGCGCUUUGCAGCGGCCGAAAGGACCUCGCGAUGCGUGAGAAGGACUCGCAUCGUCUGGCGACGUGGCUCCGUAGCGCGGAAGAUCGAAUGCCCAUUCCUGCCCGCUUUAAGUCCUCAGACCCAGCUCGGAGCCUAUACUGUGGACUUUUGCAGACAUGGGAGGGCGAUCUAGAGGACCUUACGCAGACUCUUGCGGCUCGGAAUCUGGAUAUCGGUCAGAGUUAUGAGGAUUUGCCGAUAAUGAGGCUGCUUGGGGUCACAGAACCCGGAACCGAUGACAAUACAACUGAGAGACAAUAUACUUACAAGGAAGUCAGAUUGCUAAUCAAAGAGCAGGGAGAAGCCUUCUUCAAGAUGCCAAAUUUGCACUACGUACAGUUCGACUCGGCGACUGUUCAUGAAGACCUUGAGGGGGGGUCAGAUCCAGGGAAUGCUAUUGUUGUUUCGAUGCCUGCGUUCCAUCUGUCGGAGUUUGGCAACUUGAAUUUAGUCCCGCUGCAGGAGAACGGCGACGAACAAGAUGAUGAUGAGGAGGAGGAGGAGGAGGAGGAGGAAGACGAGGGGGAGGACGAGGGGCAUCGAUAG